AUGUUGCCGAUCUCCGCUCCAAACGACAACUCAGCAAGGGAAGUCCGAGGAGAUUGGAAAAGUCGACUAGACGCGACGACAGACUGGUAUGCGCGAUGUUGGGAUGGGAAUGGCACAAAGGUGCUCAGUGGUAAAGAGUCUGGCGACGUCGGUAGAUUCGAAGAAGGGCCGAGCCAGCAGGGUAGACCCGGCGGCGCAGCACCUAGUGACAGCGAAGAGAGGGCGCGCGAAAAGGACGGCGGAAGGCGACGGGCAGCGACGUGGAAAAAAGAGGGCAAAAAGGGAGUCUGGUACGAAGCUAGCAAAGAGCAUGACCGGAUCUGCAAUAAAAGCGUGACUGGCGGCCAGGUCCAGGGUCUGCACACCACCACACGCUCCUCCCGCCCCGGCAUGGAUAGGAUAUUGGGCACGCAAGAUACGAGCAGUAGUGCGGUAUUGUAUGUCAUUAUGUCGGCCACGAUUCCCAGGCUUCCCCAUCCGGGCCAUGUCGGUGUUGUCGUCACGUCCCGUCACGUGCAGGGCGAGCGCUGGACUGAAGACGCCCGCAGCGCUGGUGGUGCCGACGAGGACCCCGUCGGCGCUCAGCGCAGGCUUGGACGAGACUGGCCUUGA